ACCAUUUUAUCGAGUUAUGGCUGCCAAUAGCAGAUCUCCUAGAGAUGGGAAGCAUUUGGAAGUUUUAGGUUACUACAAUCCAUUACCAGAGGUUCUUGUAGGCUAUUGCGGUGAGAGCUUGAGGUGGCGUUUGGAGGAGCUGCAGAGAGGGGAGAUGAGAGAGAGAGAGAAGGGAGAUACAGACUACAGAGAUGAUGGCAGAGCCACGACCGACGUUGCCGCUUGGUGCUGGUAGUUAGCGCAGGCCACGCAACGGAGAUGACAGGCGAGAAGCUGAGAAGAAAACUGAAAACUAUCGGCAAGGCGGUGACCGGCAUUGCCGCUUGGUGCUGGUGAUUGGCGCGGGCUACGCGACAGAGAUAACAGAUGAUAAGCCGAGAAGAGAGACUGAGAGUUAAUUAUCCCAUCACACGUGACGAGUGAAGAUUAAAUUAGUGAAGAUGGAGGUGGGUGGUGGGUUUUGAAGAUCCAGGAUAUACAAAUGGAAAGAAGACAGGAUGGUGGUAAACGAAUGGGUCUAAAUUUUGAUAGAGUGAAGUACUGGUUAUCUGUUGGUGUCCAACCUUCAGAACCUGUUCAGCGCAUUCUUUUCAGGGCAGGGCUUCUACCGCCACCACCAAUGCUUGCAAUGGGCCACAAAGGUGGACCCCGUGAUACCCGUCAAGUUGAUCCUUUGAGUGGACGCUUUGUUAACCCUGCAAAAUCUGAUGUUGCUGAUCAAGCCGGUGAAGAAAUUAAUGCAGAAGAUGAUAGAUAUGACUCAUGAUAGGCUCAGCUCUUCUCGAUGUGUGUUAUUUUUUUGGGAUUCUGUGGGGUUUCAGCCACCCUAAUUCCUACUCAACUUGCAGGAUGAGUGGGUUUAAUUUUGUCACCACUUCAGAAUAUAAUAUGCUGAAGCGAAUCUGAGUUCUGUAAAAGAGAAAACUUUUGAAGGAUUUUAGUUCUUCGUGUUCUGCUAAUUUGACGGCUUGGUUGAGAAUUUGAUACUUUCCUCUCUAUAUAGGGAGAUCAUGGUUUGUGACUUACUUUUUAUAUCUUGAACCCACAAUCGUCCCUUUGUGUGUGAAAAGGAGGUCUGGUUUCACCUUUCUUUUAUCUGAUCUGCUUUUUUUUCCCUUUUGGAUAAGAGGAAUAAUCUUAUAUUUAUGAUGUCACCUUAUGUAGUUAUGAUUCAUUUUCUCCUGCCAAGUGUCAAUUAUCACAAUAGCCUUACUUCA